UAUAUAACUGUGCGAGUCCCUUGUUGUCCGUAGUUGAACAAAUACGGUACGCUUAUCAACUAGAAGGAGUCGGUUAUCAGUCAAUAUGGUGUCGAAAUCACUGAAAUUACGCUCUGCCCGAGGUGCUGACGAACCCCCGACAGAUUCCCGGCGUCAUGUCGUCUUGCUUGCAACAUUUUUCUUCCUAGUUCUCGAAGCAGGUGUACUAAAAUCUUAUGGAGUUCUUCUCUCACCCAUGGUUUUCCAGCUAGACAGUAAUUUUGCAACCAUUGGCGUCAUAUUUUCUUUGUCAUGGACCCUGGAAUACACAUGUGCGGUAGUUGUGAAGCCACUGGUAAAUCGUAUUGAUCCAAACAAGAUAUCUAUGGCUGGGGGACUCAUAGCUGGUGUUGCCCUGACAACGUCUUCUUUCACUCGUACUACCUGGGCUUUAGGAACCCUCUUCAUUUUCUUCGGUAUUGGUCAAAGCAUGGUAUUAGUUCCCGCAAUCAUCUGUCUACACCGUCACUACAAAGAAAGAUUCGCAUUCGCCUGCUCCUUUGCCUUUGUAGGUUCUCUUGUCGGGGUGCUCAUUUUACCUAUCGUAACUGAAGUUUUGAUUGAAUCUUACGGACCACACAACGCUCUCCUAAUCUUAGGUGGACUUUGCCUCAACAUGUUCCCGAUUGGACUUGUCCUCAAAUUGCCGAAGGAAAAGCAUAAGCAACCAUCUGUGUCGACUUGUAAACAUCUCUUAGAGUCUGUUGAUGCUGGUUCAACCAGGACAAAGGAAUUUCCUUCAGAGAAAAACGUUUCCCAAACUCACCAGGUAGAAUGCCAUAUUCUUCAAAAUCCAGGAUAUAACCUAGCUGAAUGUGAGUCACCUAACCCUGAUAAGAUGACUGGAGCAGAUUAUAUUAUGGGAAAAGAAACUAUCAUAGGAGGGGGAUAUAAUGAAAUGAAAAUGACAGAAAGCACUGAAUCUUUCAACGACUCUGGAAAGAGAUACAACGAUCCAAAUGUUGACUUCAAGGAUUCUCGCAAGGGUACUCGAAGGCGAAUCAUUGAAAGGAUUUCAAGUCUGAAGACAUACACAGAGGAGGCAAAGUUCUUCCUUGCAUUCGUUUUACCGUGUGACUUCAUCGGUGCUUUUGUACUCAUCAGCUGGACCAUAUUCAUCGUACCUUUCGCAAUCUCUCUCGGAAUCCCGGAAUCCCGGGCUGUCUUUGUUGGAACUAUGGGCGGAGUGGGAGGUCUGGUCGCCAGGGUCAUGGGUACUGUCGUCUUGCACUUUCAUCCAACCUGGGUGUCCGGUCAAUACGUCGUGCUCUGCUCUCUGACAUCGCUGAUGUUGUUUGUCCAACCCUUGAGGGCGUCUUACACCUACCUCCUUGCAUGUUCCUUCUUCAUGGGCUUCGGUCUCUACGGUAGUGUGUGCCUUGUGGAAGCCCUGGUGUCCAAUGUCGUCAGUCCCAAGGUGUUCCCCACAUCAGUUUCCAUCACGUAUCUUUUGAAAGGCGUCAGUGGAAUUCUGACUGCUUACACCUCUGGAUCACUCUAUGACGUGACUGGAUCCUAUCAGAUAGUCUUUUAUAUUCUCGGGAUCAUGGAAGCGGCUAAUGUGGGCAUCUAUCUCUUACUCCUAGCCAUCAAGAAGCGAUCGAGUAUGAGACAAAACAAAGACCCGGAAUAA